AUGGCCGAGUCAUCAAGAAGUCCACCAUACUUCACGGACUUGAAUAGUCCAUUGGAGACACGUGCACAAGUCCUCGAGGCGUGCAAGUCACUAUUAACGCCCCUCAUACCAUUCUUUUCCUCUGGUCGAACACGACUACGUCUGGGUGCCACGGCGACACGAUACGAUGAGACAGGCGCGCAGCUCGAAGGCUUCACACGUCCGAUGUGGGGUCUCGGCGCCCUGCUUGCCAGCGGCGAUACAUUUUCAGGCACAGAGCUGUGGUUAGACGGGCUGAGGAAUGGCACUAAUCCCGAGCACCCCGAGUUUUGGGGCUAUGCGAAAGAUCUCGAUCAGCGCAUGGUCGAAAUGUGUCCGAUGGGAUUCGCCCUUUGUGUUGCGCCGAAGCAGCUGUGGGAUCCGCUGACUGAGAAAGAAAAGUCAAAUGUGCAAAAGUGGCUCGGCUGGAUCAACAACAGGGAAAUGCCGAAUACAAACUGGUUGUGGUUUCGAGUUUUUGCGAAUUUGGCGCUCAAGACAAAUGGUGCUGAGUAUUCGCCUGAGCGGCUUGAGGCUGACUUGGAUCAUCUCGAUACCUUCUAUCGUGGCGAUGGCUGGUCCAACGAUGGGCCCAGUUCGCAUCGGCAGAUGGACUACUAUAGUGGCUCUUUUGCGAUACAGUUACUGCAGCUGUUGUAUGUGAAGAUUAAUGGUCACGACGAUAAGGAGAGAGCGGAAGAGUAUAAAACUCGUGCCAAGUUAUUUGCGAAAGAUUUUGUCCAUUAUUGGGACGAGGAAGGGCGAGGAAUCACAUUCGGGAGAUCACUCACCUAUCGAUUUGCGACUGCAGGCUUCUGGUCAGCGGUGGCAUUUGCAGAAUUGGAUCUUGACCCUCCUUUCACGUGUGGUGUGGUAAAAGGUCUCCUGCUCAGGAAUCUUCGUCACUGGUCACAGCAGAAGGAUAUACUUACCCACAGCGGAUUGCUAACCAUAGGAUACAACUAUCCUAAUCAAUUUCUCUCCGAAAAUUAUAACUCCCCUGGCUCGACAUAUUGGUUCAUGCUGGGAUUCGUCGCAUUGGCGUUACCCGAGUCUCAUGCCUUCUGGCAGGCCAAGGAGGAACCAUUUCCAACAGCAUCAGUAUCAAAGGUUGUGGCAUUAAAACAUCCCCUGCAUAUUAUGGUCAACAAAGGUGGGCACACAUUCCUCUUGUCCUCGGGACAAGCAUGUCAUUAUCCGGUACGGGCAUCAGAAUCCAAAUAUGGGAAAUUUGCGUACAGUUCCGCUUUCGGUUACUCGGUCCCGACUGGCGGAUACUUUGUAGAAGCCAUUGGAGGCGACAGUAUGAUUGCAUUUUCCGAUGAUGAAGGGGAGUCCUGGAAAGUUCGAAAGCAACCAUUGGACGCCCGGCUGGAGACAGUUGAUGGUUCGCCAAUCCUGGUCUCGUCAUGGAAGCCCUGGAAAGACGUAUCAGUUGAGACUUAUCUCAUUCCCCCAACUGAUAAUUCUCCAAACUGGCAUCUGCGCGCACACCAUCUGAUCACAAAGCGUGCAUUGAAAUCAAGUGAAGGCGCGUUUGCACUUCAUGGAGUUUCUGCCAAGGAUGAGCGAGAACUCCAAGCACUCGAUGCACAAGAGAGUGAAGGGCGUUUGGAAACUCACGACUCAUCAUUGGCAGUGUCGAGAGGUGGUGUCGUCGGCAUAGUAGAGCUCCAUCAAUCCAAGCUUCGAGCUGGUAAAGCGCUGGACGAGGAUGCAAAUAGUAAUCUGACAGAAAGCAGGUCGGUGCUACCUAGUCUGAGAGCGGAUUUUGCUGCCGAGUCGGAUAGCUGGCUUGUGACGGCAGUUUAUGCCUUGCCAGCUAGUGCCGAAGCAGAUCAGACGGGUUGGCAGAGUGGGUGGAAGACUCGGCCAGAAAUUCCGAGUUGGCUGGCGGAAAAGGUCAAGGCCAAAUGA